UGCGCAGCUGCCGGAAGAUGAAGGUGGCGGUGACUGGCUGCUGCCAUGGCGCGCUGGACAAGAUGUACGAGACGCUCGAGCUGCUGGAGCGGCGCCACGGCCAGGCGCGCCCGGAGCUGCUCCUCUGCGCCGGGGACUUCCAAGCCAUCCGUGACUCGGCCGAUAUGCAGUGCAUCGCCGUGCCCCCCAAGUACAGACAGAUGGGAGGCUUCGCGCAGUACUAUUCUGGAGAGAAGAAGGCUCCGGUCCUGACCAUCUUUAUUGGGGGCAACCAUGAAGCCUCCAACCAUCUGCAAGAACUCCCAUAUGGCGGAUGGGUAGCACCAAACAUCUACUACCUUGGUUAUGCUGGAGUAGUAAAAUACCGUGGGGUAAGAAUUGGUGGAAUCUCUGGCAUUUUCAAAUCGCAUGAUUACAGAAGAGGCCACUUUGAGUGUCCCCCCUACAACCAGAAUACCUUAAGAAGCGUCUACCAUGUGAGAAAUAUUGAAGUGUUCAAGCUCAAGCAGCUGAAGCAACCUAUGGAUAUCUUUAUGUCCCAUGACUGGCCCAGAGGUAUAUAUCAUUAUGGGGACAAGAACUCGCUGCUUAAGAAGAAAUCCUUUUUCCGCCAAGAAGUGGAAAACAAUACUUUGGGAAGUCCAGCUGCAUCAGAACUUCUGCAGCACUUGAAGCCUGCAUACUGGUUCUCAGCACAUCUUCACGUCAAAUUCGCAGCUGUAAUGCAACACGAGGCUGACAGCAGCGAGAAGCAGCCCAAAGCAACAAAAUUCCUGGCCCUGGACAAAUGCUUGCCCCAACGAGACUUCCUUCAGAUUGUAGAGAUUGAGCAUAACCCCAACGCCUCUGACUGCCUGGAGUACGACCCAGAAUGGAUUGCUGUUCUCAAAGCAACUAACAACCUCAUCAACAUAUCUUCAAACUUUUGGAAUAUGCCUGAAAACAACGGACUCCAUGCCAAAUGGGAUUACAGCGUUACAGAAAAAGAGAUCAAGGAGGUACUGGAAGAGGCCAACAACGACCUUCAGAUUCCCCAGAACUUCAGUAGUAUUACCUCUGAUGGCAACAAAUCCCAGCAGCGAUUAGCCCUGGUUCAUAGAAUCAAUCCCCAGACCACGGAGUUCUGUGCCCGGUUUGGUCUUGUUGACAUCAAUGACAGAAUCCAGCAACUGAGAGAGGAGAUACUGGCUCAGAGAGGGGAGGAGGAAGAGGAGGAGGCCGACAGUACUGGGGAGGCCAGUGACUAUAAUACGGACGUGUCCGGGUUGACUACCUCUGUCAACCCUGAUGAAAUAAUACUGGAUGACGAAGCCAGUGCCGAGGAAGAUCCAGACGACAGUUCAGACCAACAUUUAGAGACACCCUCCACAUAUUCUGAGCUCAGGAGACUACCGAGUUGCAUGAAUGUCUCAUCUGACAACACUCCGGACAGUGUGAGCAUUGACGUGGGGCAACCAGGCAGUGAAAACGAGGAGGAAGAGCAAAAUACCUCCGAAAAGUCCCUGAAGCGGAUAGGUGUCGAAAAUGCAGAAGAGAAGAGUGGUACAAAGAAAAUUAAAAGACGGAACCAGGCCAUCUACGCGGCACAGGAGGAAGAAGAGGUGGAAUGAAGAACCUCUUUUGUGACAUCAUAAAGGCACUUCUUGGACUAAGAUGUUGUCUGGCUUCGUUGAGGUUGUGGCAAUAACUACAUUGUUUUUGAUAGUUUUAAUUGUGUCAUCCAGACCUAUUUUUUUUUAAAAAACAGAACCUUUAUAAUAUCACAAAAGUUUUAUGAGAAUAAAUAUUGUGCUGAAUUAAUGGUAGACCCUUGUUUAUCAGAAGUGAAUGCAUAAUCCAUUACUUUUCACAGUGCCUUUUCAGGCAAGGAUAAACUCUUUUAAAAUGCUAACGGGAGUUUGAAGAAGGACAUUCUCAAAGUUGAUGGCAUAGAAUCAGAAGGAACCAAUUUGGUUGCCACUUUUAUUUUUUGCAUUCUUUCCACCCACAGCAAUUCAACUCUUACAUCUGAAUCUCUCUGUUGGUUCACUUUGCCUUGGCAAAUUUCAAGGGGUCAAGACUUCUUAGGGAAGUCUCCCCUUCCCCUUUCCAGUGGUGACAUGGUAUAUGCUGUGUUGGUUUCAGGAGUUGAAACGUGGGAUACACCCAACUGUUAUGGCGGGAGGGUGUCUUCAAAAGGAUAUUUGCCAUGUGAAAUUGGUCAAGUUACAGUGACUUUCGCAUAUCAGAAGUGAACCUGGGAUAUGGGAUGUAUCUAAUGCUGCAAUUUUCCAAUAUGAUCUGCAUCUGUAUGUGUAAAUAAGUCCUGUUAAAAAAAACGUGAAACCAAACCCUAGUUUAUGGACUUUCACAAAGUUUGAAGAGUAAAGGAAGCUCUGUGGUAUAAUACUGGUUGGAAUUCAAUCUGCUGCUCAUAGGUGCCAUGGUACGUACCACAAUGUUUCUGGGUGCCCACUUUCUUCUCUAAAACAUCUCUUCCCCAAAGCAAAAAAUAAAUCCUGUCUCUUCUUGCCCUGUGGGUGAAGCAGGAGGUGCUUCAGAAGACUCGAGGAGGAAUUACUUUUAGGUGUACAGUGAACGCCGCUCAGAAAUGGUUGCUGCCAUCAUAGAAAGAUAUUUGUCUUGGAAAUAUUGUCGAAGGCUUUCACGGCUGGAGAACGAUCGUUGUUGUGGAUUUUCCGGGCUGUAUAGCCGUGGUCUUGGCAUUGUAGUUCC